UAUGCAUCGCAUCGUCCUCGACGCACAAGCCAGCCCUUAUUUCCUCCCCAAACAGCCCAGUUGGAUCAGUAGCUAACCCUCAUACCUCUUCCUCGCCUCUCCUCUCCUCUCUGCAGCACGAUCUGUCCACCAUCGAGUUCGGCAUCCGCAUCGCGGACUUCAUGCCCCUCGCCUUCAAGACCGUCCCGGUCGCUGGCCUCGCCGAGAAGGAGCUUCAGCUCCUCCACGACCUCGUCAAUCUGCCCAACAUCAUCCAGCUCCAGGACUCGUUCGUCAACGACAACGGCGACACCGUCCUGGUCCUGCCCAUGCUUAAAAGGUUCGACUGCCACGCCGUCAACCACAGCCUUUGCUCCAUCCGCAAGACCACCACCCAGAUCCUCACUGGCCUGGCGGCGGUCCAUGCCAAGAACAUUGUCCAUCUCGACAUCAAUCCCUCCAACCUCAUGGUCACCCACGCCAAGAAGGACGUCGUCAUCAUCGACUUUGGUCUCUCCAUGACCGUCGACCGUGCCUGCAAGGACUCCAAGCCCCAGGUCCCUGCUUGCGGCACCACGGGCUACAUCGCCCCUGAGGUCCUCAACCCUCACUUCUACGAGGCCCAUGACCCCACUGCAGCAGAUCUCUACUCGCUCGGUAUUGUCCUCGGCCAGAUGCUCGAGCCCUACAUUCCCGACUGCGACCUGCAUUAUUUUGGCUCAAAGUAUCUCGCCAUCGAGAACACGAACCAGACGGUCGCCUACCUCAAAGAAUUUAUUGCUCAAGGCGCGCACUAUCCUCGCGCCCUGGUUCAGGCCGCGGAUUUGCUUCGAUGCAUGCUCGAAGAGAACCCCAAGGACCGCCAGUCUGCCCAGGAACUGCUCGACACUCACCCUUUCCUCAACUCUUGCCCUGAGACUAGCAGCCCUUCGACGCUGCUGCUCUGCGACUGGCUCUGCCGUGUCCAGGAGAUCAAGUACCAAAAAUACUUAAUGCAGGCACAGCUGGACUGCGAGAUCGUUCGUUACCGCUAAACCAUUAUCCCUACCCCACCCGCCUUUUUUUUCCAACCCUUGUAUAGUCACCCCCCCUUUGUACUCUAGC